AUGGAGGACUUUCUGCUCUCCAAUGGGUACCAGCUCGGCAAGACCAUUGGGGAAGGGACCUACUCAAAAGUCAAGGAAGCAUUUUCCAAAAAACACCAAAGAAAGGUGGCAAUUAAAAUUAUAGACAAGAUGGGAGGGCCAGAAGAAUUUAUCCAGAGAUUCCUGCCUCGGGAGCUCCAGAUCGUCCGCACCCUGGACCACAAGAACAUCAUCCAGGUGUACGAGAUGCUGGAGUCUGCCGACGGUAAAAUCUACCUGGUGAUGGAGCUGGCCGAGGGAGGGGAUGUAUUUGACUGCGUGCUGAACGGGGGGCCUCUGCCCGAGAGCCGCACCAAGGCCCUCUUCUGCCAGAUGGUCGAGGCCAUCCGCUACUGCCACGGCUGUGGCGUGGCCCACCGGGACCUCAAGUGUGAGAACGCCUUGCUGCAGGGCUGCAACCUGAAGCUGACGGACUUUGGCUUCGCCAAGGUGCUGCCCAAGUCGCGCCGGGAGCUGAGCCAGACCUUCUGCGGCAGCACAGCCUACGCCGCCCCCGAGGUGCUGCAGGGCAUCCCGCACGACAGCAAGAAGGGCGAUGUCUGGAGCCUGGGCGUCGUCCUCUACGUCAUGCUCUGCGCCAGCCUACCUUUCGACGACACAGACAUUCCCAAGAUGCUGUGGCAGCAGCAGAAGGGGGUGUCCUUCCCCACUCACCUGGGCAUCUCGGCCGAGUGCCAGGACUUGCUCAAGCAGCUCCUGGAACCAGACAUGAUCCUCCGGCCUUCAAUCGAAGAAGUUAGUUGGCAUCCAUGGCUAGCAAGCACUUCAUAA